UUCGAGUGUCCUGUGUAUGAGGCGGAAGAAGAGAGUGAUGAAUGUAUUCCUAAUGAGAUUUCCCGAGUGCUUGAGCACGAGGAAGACACCAUUCAGCCAUACAAAGAGCCGUUAGAAGUCAUCAACUUGGGAUCUGAAGAAGAUAAGAAGGAAGUCAAGAUUGGGGCACUGCUUGGUCAAGAUGUUAAGAAGAGGAUGGUAGAGCUUCUUAAAGAGUAUGUUGACAUUUUUGCGUGGUCCUACCAAGACAUGCCUGGGUUGGACACAGAUAUUGUGGAGCAUCGUUUGCCCUUGAAACCAGAAUGUCCUCCUGUCAAGCAAAAGCUAAGAAGAAGUCAUCCUGACAUGGCGGAAAAGAUUAAGAAUGAGGUCUUGAAGCAUAUAGGCGCAGGUUUCCUUGUCACUUCUGUUUUCUUGUCACCUCUAGAGUAUCCUCAAUGGUUAGCCAACAUAGUGCCAGUUCCAAAGAAAGAUGGCAAAGUCAGAAUGUGUGUUGACUACCGUGACUUGAACAAGGCCAGUCCAAAAGAUGACUUUCCAUUACCACAUAUUGACAUGUUGGUUGAUAACACCGCUAAGUUCAACGUCUUUUUCUUCAUGGACGGGUUCUCCGGUUAUAAUCAGAUCAAGAUGGCUCCUGAAGACAUGGAGAAGACAUCUUUCAUCACCCCAUGGGGUACCUUUUGCUACAAAGUGAUGCCAUUUGGAUUAAAGAAUGCAGGCGCAACUUACCAAAGGGCAAUGACUACUCUCUUUCAUGACAUGAUGCAUAAAGAAAUUGAAGUUUAUGUGGACGACAUGAUAGCCAAGUCCAGCACAGAAGAAGAACAUAUUGAAUACCUUUUGAAGUUGUUUCAACGACUAAGGAAAUAUCAGCUUCGCUUGAAUCCUAACAAAUGUACUUUUGGGGUUAGAUCUGGAAAACUCUUGGGUUUCAUUGUCAGCCAAAGAGGUAUUGAAGUAGAUCCCGACAAAGUCAGAGCUAUUCAAGAGAUGCCUGCACCAAAAACUGAAAAACAAGUAAGAGGAUUUCUCGGACGAUUGAACUAUAUCUCCAGAUUUAUCUCUCAAAUGACUGCUACAUGUGGGCCAAUUUUCAAGCUUCUCCGCAAAGAUCAAGGGGUUGUAUGGACUGAAGAUUGCCAGAAAGCGUUCGACAGUAUCAAAGAGUACCUGUUAGAACCACCAAUAUUGAUUCCUCCAGUUGAAGGAAGACCAUUAAUCAUGUACCUUACUGUGUUAGAAGAAUCCAUGGGUUGUAUGCUUGGACAACAAGAUGAAACCGGUAAGAAGGAGCAUGCCAUCUAUUACUUGAGUAAGAAAUUCACAGACUGUGAGUCUCGUUACUCCAUGCUCGAAAAAACGUGUUGUGCUUUGGCUUGGGCUUCAAAACGUCUCCGCCAAUACAUGAUCAACAAUACUACUUGGUUAAUCUCCAAAAUGGAUCCGAUCAAGUAUGUCUUUGAAAAGCCUGCCUUAACAGGAAGGAUUGCCCGAUGGCAAAUGCUGUUAUCCGAAUAUGACAUUGAAUACCGUGCUCAAAAAGCGGUCAAAGGAAGCAUUCUCGCCGAUCACUUGGCGCAUCAACCAAUUAAUGAAUAUCAAUCUCUCAAGUUUGACUUUCCUGACGAAGAUGUCUUGUACUUGAAGAUGAAAGAUUGUGACGAACCGUUACCUGAAGAAGGUCCUGAGCCUGGAUCAAGAUGGGGCCUAAUUUUUGAUGGAGCAGUAAACGCUUUUGGCAAUGGAAUUGGGGCAAUCAUCAUCACUCCCAAGGGUACUCAUAUCCCAUUCUCCGCCAGAUUGCUAUUUGAUUGCACCAACAACAUCGCAGAAUAUGAAGCUUGUAUCAUGGGUCUCGAAGAAGCCAUUGACUUAAGGAUCAAGAUCCUUGACAUAUAUGGAGAUUCAGCUCUCGUGAUCAACCAAAUCAAAGACAAGUGGGAAACUUACCACCCUGGCUUGAUUCCUUACAGAGAUUAUGCAAGACGUCUGUUGACUUUCUUCAACAAGGUUGAAUUGCAUCAUAUACCUCGAGAUCAGAAUCGAAUGGCAGACGCCUUGGCUACUCUAUCUUCCAUGUUCAAAGUCAAUCACUGGAAUGAUGUGCCUAAAGUCAGAAUUACGCGCCUUGAAAGGCCCGCCUAUGUGUUUGCAACUGAAGCAGUCAUCGAUGAUAAACCGUGGUUCCACGACAUCAAACGCUUCCUUCAAACUCAAGAGUACCCGCUUGGGGCAUCAAACAAAGAUAAGAAAACUCUAAGGAGACUUUCUGGCAGUUUCUUCCUGAACGGAGAUGUGCUAUACAAAAGAAACUUCGACAUGGUUUUGCUCAGAUGCGUGGACAGACACGAAGCAGACAUGUUAAUGCAUGAAGUGCAUGAAGGGUCCUUUGGAACUCAUUCAAAUGGGCAUGCAAUGUCCAAAAAGAUCUUAAGAGCAGGAUACUAUUGGUUGACAAUGGAAUCUGAUUGUUACAAACACGUGAAGAGAUGUCACAAGUGCCAGAUCUAUGCAGAUAAGAUCCAUGUGCCACCGACUCUACUCAACGUUCUCUCAUCUCCAUGGCCUUUCUCCAUGUGGGGUAUCGACAUGAUUGGAAUGAUCGAACCGAAAGCUUCAAACGGUCAUCGUUUCAUCUUGGUAGCAAUUGAUUACUUCACCAAAUGGGUCGAAGCAGCAUCUUACGCCAAUGUUACAAGACAAGUGGUUGUGAGGUUUAUCAAGAAUAACAUCAUUUGCCGAUAUGGUAUUCCCAGCAAGAUCAUUACUGACAAUGGUUCAAACCUGAAUAACAAGAUGAUGAAAGAAUUGUGUGAGGAAUUCAAGAUUGAGCAUCAUAACUCUUCUCCUUACAGACCAAAAAUGAACGGCGCCGUUGAAGCUGCUAACAAGAACAUUAAGAAGAUCGUCCAGAAAAUGGUCGUCACUUACAAAGACUGGCAUGAAAUGCUGCCAUUUGCUUUACAUGGGUACCGUACUUCAGUGCGUACUUCAACAGGGGCAACUCCCUUUUCUCUAGUAUACGGCAUGGAAGCUGUGCUCCCCGUAGAAGUUGAAAUACCAUCAAUGAGAGUCCUCAUGGAGACUAAGUUAUCAGAGGCUGAAUGGUGUCAAAGCAGAUACGAUCAGUUGAACUUAAUCGAAGAAAAACGUAUGACUGCUCUAUGCCAUGGACAGUUAUACCAAGCAAGGAUGAAACAAGCUUUCAACAAAAAGGUUCGACCUCGUGAAUUUCAAGAAGGCGACCUCGUGCUUAAAAAGAUCUUGUCUUUUCAACCAGAUUCUAGGGGCAAAUGGUCUCCUAAUUACGAAGGCCCGUAUGUUGUCAAAAGAACAUUUUCUGGCGGCGCCAUGAUUCUUGCAACCAUGGAUGGUGAUGAACUCCCACAUCCUGUGAAUGCUGAUGCAGUCAAGAAA